AUGUAAAGAUCACCUAACUAGAAGGUGACCCAUAUAUGCACAUACAAUAAUGAUUGUUAAAAAAAGUUAUGUGAUUUUUGCUUGAAAUGUCAUAGUAUUGAUGUUCCAUUCGAAUAUUUACUAACAAUUGAAGAAUUAAUUAAUAGGAUAGGUAUUCUAUUUAAAAAAAUUAGAUAUACUACAUUUUAGGAUUUUAAGAACAGAAGAGAUGUUAUUUGUAUAAAUUUUGAAAUAUUAUAAAGGCAGGAUAUUAUGGAUUGAAUAAAAACAUAGAUAUUUGGAAAUUUCAAGGACAGCAUGAAAUUAUAAAUUAAUUACAAUAAACUAUAAUUGAAGUUAAUUUUUUUGAUGAGAUUGGUAUUAAAUUUUUAAGAUGUAAUAAUAUAACCAAAUAAUUUAGAGAACAUAUAGAUAAUGAAAUAAUGUUUAACAUCAAUUAAAUAAAGUCUUUAAGCUGGAAGGGAAACGAUGAUCUAUUAGUAUGGAAUACUCAAUGUAAAGGAUAAGAUGUAGGAAUAGGUUGAUUAAAGACUAUAAGAUUGGGAUAUGGAUAGAAUCAUUAAUUCAACAUUCUUAGUACACCAUUCCUCAUUUAAUUAUUUAGUUCUUGCUAAACUGAAUACAAAAAAGGAUUGA